GAAAUAACUAAAAUUGUGAUGGCGAUUGUUCUUCUUAUUUUCUUGUUUCUAUUCACUAAUUCAAAAGGCGAAGAGAUAACAUUCAAUGUAAAGCAACAUCUGUCCACUGUUACCAGAUAUGGUACAUCGAAAGGUGGUCGAAAUAGUAACCAUGCUUCUGCUCCUCCGGAUGGAUGCAUUCCAAUUCACUUAAAUCUUGUGGCAAGACAUGGAACUCGUGCUCCAACCACAAAAAGGAUCAAAGAGUUAAACAACUUGGAAAAUGAAUUGAAGAAACUUUUAGGAUCUAAUGUAGGAAAUGACGAUCACUUAUUUUCUCUUCCUUCCUGGUUGAAGGAUUGGAAAUCUCCUUGGGCUGCAAAAAUUAAUGGUGGAGAAUUAAUCCCCGAAGGAGAGAAAGAAUUGUACGAUCUCGGAAUCCGAACCAGAAAAUUGUUCUCUGACUUGUUCAGCGAUCCUUACAACUCCGAUAUAUACACAAUCAAAGCAACUCAGGUUGCUCGAGCAUCAGCUAGUGCUGUGGCAUUCGGUAUGGGGCUAUUCAGUGGGAAUGGAAAUCUUGGUUCAGAUCGUCAUCGAGCUUUUUCUGUUGUUACUGAGAGUCGUGCCAACGAUACCAUGCUUAGGUUUUUCGAUCGGUGUCACAAAUAUGAGGAUUACAAGAAGCGUAAGAAACCUAAAGUUAAGAAGCUUAUUAAGGAUCCUGUACUUGAUGAUAUAACUAAGUCACUCACUGCACGUUAUGGUCUAAAUUUUACCCAAAAUCACACUUCAACUCUUUGGUUUCUUUGUAAGCAGGAGGCAUCCUUAUUUGAUAUAACGGAUCAAGCUUGUGGACUGUUCACCCCUUCUGAGGUUGCUUUGUUGGAGUGGAUGGAUGAUACGGAGGUGUUUAAAUUGAAGGGUUAUGGCAGUUCAUUAAAUUAUAGAAUGGGAGUUCAUUUGCUGACAGAUAUUGUUAACUCUAUGGACAACGCUACUAAAGCGAGAGAAAGAAAACAAGUUCCCGGAACCUAUGAGAAGGCAAGCUUUCGUUUUUCUCACGCUGAAACUUUGAUUCCAUUCACAUGUUUGCUCGGGCUCUUCCUUGAAGAUGAAGAAGAUUUUAAACAUAUUCAAAACCAAGAGUGUUUAGAGCUUCCUCCACGGCCUCCAGCUACUAGAAACUGGAAGGUAAGUGAUGUUGCACCUUUUGCUGGGAAUAACAUGUUGGUUCUCUAUAGCUGCCAUGUGGCUAACUCGUCCGACGAGUACUUUGUUCGAGUCUUGCAUAAUGAAGAACCCAUAGCAAUGCCGGGUUGUGAUGGUUCAGAUUUUUGCUCCUUCGAAAAGUUCAAGAAUAAAAUUGUGGCUCCUCAUGUCAAGUAUGAUUUCCACACAUUGUGCAAUGUGAAUAAGGAAGAGUCACUAGUGACACCGAAACCAAAUUGUCAACAGGAGCAUACAUCCAGUAAUACAUGUAAAACGAUGUAAAACGUUUUACAUGUAGCACGAAAUUUACUCACUACAAGGAAAACCAAUUUUCAUGACUUUAUAAAGUGUGUUGUACUAGAUUUCAUGACUCUUUCUUAGUCCUUUAAUAAGUUUAUAGAUGACUGUUCGAGUUAGUGUCAUAAUUAGAAUUUCCAUAACACCAAAUUUCAAUCAACAAUAAAUAUUUAUUGACAUGUAAUUUCUAUGUUGGCAUUGUUUUUCAUGACAAAUUUAUACAUUAUCACAAAAGCAUUAAGGAUGAUAUAUUUACAGUGUCAAUAACCAUGUUUUUAA